AUGAGUAACUGUUUCUACUUCAAGAUGGACCCGAAGGGGUUCUAUGGAGUCCGGGUGCCUCCUGCUGAGGAAAGUGAGGACAGCUGCCUUAGCGACAGCGACACUGAUGAAUACAGCCCAAGCACGUAUUCCGCCCUUCCAACGGAGGAGUCCGACAGCGGAACAGUUCAGAAGAAUGCAAACAAGCAGCUGUACCUGUCGUGUCUCGAGCUUGAGCAGUUUUUGGGGAUAACAAUGUAUAUGUCGAUCUACAGCCUGCCAAGGUCCCGGAUGUACUGGAGCCAUUGUACAAGAGUGGAGAAAGUCGCACAGGUCAUGCCCCGUGACAUUUGGCAGAACAUAAAAAAUAACCUCCACCUGACUGACAAUGACCUCUUGCCUCAAAACGAUGGAAAAGACAAACUUUUCAAGAUCCGGCCGUUCAUUGACAUACUUCUGCCCAAGUUCCAAGGACUACCGAAAACCCAGAAGCUGGUAAUCGACGAACAAAUGUUCCCAUUCAAAGGCAGAUCAUCGCUGAAACAGUACAUCCCCAGCAAGCCCCAUAAGUGCGGCUACAAAAUUUUUGUCCUUUGUGAUAUCCAUGGGAUGACGUACUUGCUGUUUUUCGACAACUGGUUUACGUCCGUGAAGCUUCUUGUCGAGCUGCACCACCGAGGCAUUUCUGCUAUGGGCACUAUCCGUGCCAAUAGGAUUCUUGGUUGUAGACUGCCAAGCAACAGCGAGAUGAAGAAGAACGGGACAGGGAGUCACGAGGAAAGGCAGGCUACCUUUCAAGAUGUAGACGUCAGAGUUGUCAAGUGGUAUGACAGUCGCGGAGUCACAAUCGUGAGCACGUUUGGAAGCGCAGAGCCACUGGGAUAUUGCAAGCGUUGCGACCGCAAGCGAAAGGAGACAUGUGAUGUGCCGCAACCAGCUGCUGUGAAGACGUACAACUCAUUUAUGGGUGGUAUGGACCUGCUGGAUGGUCUGAUGGCAUACUACAGAAUUUUUCUAAAAUCGAAAAAAUUCUACCUCCGAUUUUUUUUCCACUUCGUGGACAUGGCUCUAGUCAGCAGCUGGCCGAUGUACCGGAGAAACUGCGACGCCCUGGCUGUUUCAAAGAAGGAGCAGCUAGACCUGCUAAUGUUCAAGGUAUGCCAACUUCGAAAAACCUCCGAAGACGUAUUCGCCGACCUGAAAUUUGUGAUGUCCAUGAGGAAUCCCCUCAUCGGCGCAUCGCAGAGUUGGGAUGACGUCACCUGGUUGAAGAGCAUCACCCAUUUACCCGUGGUUGCCAAAGGAAUCACCACAGGUGCCCACCUGGCUGUUGCCUUUACAUAA